CGAGCGCAGAGCGCUAAGGGUCUCCCAUGGAUUGCUGGAACCUUGCUGGGUGAGAUGGCACUGUGUGCAAAAAAGCGCCCCCCAGAAGAAGAGCGGAGGGCACGGGCUAAUGACCGUGAAUACAAUGAGAAAUUCCAGUAUGCAAGUAACUGCAUCAAGACCUCCAAGUACAAUAUUCUCACCUUCCUGCCUGUCAACCUUUUUGAGCAGUUCCAGGAAGUUGCCAACACCUACUUCCUGUUCCUUCUCAUUCUGCAGUUAAUCCCCCAGAUCUCGUCCCUGUCCUGGUUCACCACCAUUGUGCCUUUGGUUCUCGUCCUUACCAUCACAGCUGUUAAAGAUGCCACCGAUGACUAUUUCCGCCACAAGAGUGAUAACCAGGUGAAUAACCGUCAUUCUCAGGUGCUGAUCAAUGGAGUUCUCCAACAAGAGCAAUGGAUGAAUGUAUGCGUUGGUGAUAUUAUCAAGCUAGAAAAUAACCAGUUUGUGGCGGCGGACCUCCUCCUCCUUUCCAGCAGCGAGCCCCACGGGCUGUGCUACAUAGAGACCGCGGAACUGGAUGGAGAGACCAACAUGAAAGUGCGCCAGGCAAUUCCAGUCACCUCGGAGCUGGGGGACAUCAGUCAGCUGGCCAAGUUUGAUGGCGAAGUCAUCUGUGAACCACCCAACAACAAGCUGGACAAGUUCAGUGGAGCACUGUACUGGAAGGGGAACAAAUUCCCCCUGAGCAACCAGAACAUGCUGCUGCGUGGCUGUGUGCUGAGAAACACCGAGUGGUGCUUCGGGCUCGUCAUCUUUGCAGGUCCUGAUACUAAGCUGAUGCAGAACAGUGGCAGGACGAAGUUCAAGAGAACAAGCAUCGACCGCCUGAUGAACACACUGGUACUCUGGAUUUUUGGAUUCCUGGUUUGCAUGGGUGUGAUCCUGGCCAUCGGUAAUGCCAUCUGGGAGCACGAAGUCGGGACGCGCUUCCAGGUCUACCUGCCCUGGGAUGAGGCGGUGGACAGUGCCUUCUUCUCUGGCUUCCUCUCCUUCUGGUCCUAUAUCAUCAUUCUCAACACCGUUGUGCCCAUUUCGCUGUAUGUCAGUGUGGAAGUCAUCCGUUUGGGCCACAGCUACUUCAUCAACUGGGACAAGAAGAUGUUCUGUAUGAAGAAGCGGACUCCUGCAGAGGCCCGUACCACCACUCUGAACGAAGAGCUGGGCCAGGUGGAGUACAUCUUCUCUGAUAAGACGGGCACCCUGACCCAGAACAUCAUGGUGUUCAACAAGUGCUCCAUCAAUGGCCACAGCUACGGUGACGUAUUUGAUGUCUUGGGACACAAGGCUGAAUUGGGAGAGAGACCAGAGCCUGUUGACUUCUCCUUUAAUCCUCUGGCUGACAAGAAAUUCUUGUUUUGGGACCCAAGCCUCUUGGAGGCUGUCAAGAUGGGGGACCCCCACACACAUGAGUUCUUCCGUCUCCUCUCCUUGUGUCACACGGUCAUGUCAGAAGAGAAGAAUGAAGGGGAGCUGUACUACAAAGCUCAGUCUCCAGAUGAGGGGGCUUUGGUCACCGCAGCCAGGAACUUUGGCUUUGUGUUCCGCUCUCGUACCCCUAAAACAAUCACUGUCCAUGAGCUCGGUACGUCCAUCACCUACCAGCUGCUGGCCAUCUUGGACUUUAACAACAUUCGCAAGAGGAUGUCGGUCAUAGUUCGGAAUCCAGAGGGGAAGAUUCGACUCUACUGCAAAGGGGCUGACACAAUCCUGCUGGACAGGCUCCACCCCUCUACCCAGGAGCUGCUCAACAGCACCACCGACCACCUGAAUGAGUAUGCGGGGGAUGGGCUGAGGACCCUGGUAUUGGCCUACAAAGACCUGGAUGAAGAAUACUAUGAGGAAUGGGCCCGGAGACGCCUGCAGGCUAGCCUGGCCCAAGACAGCCGAGAGGACAGGCUGGCCAGCAUCUAUGAGGAGGUUGAGAGUGACAUGAUGCUGCUGGGUGCCACAGCCAUUGAGGACAAGCUUCAGCAGGGAGUUCCAGAGACCAUUGCCCUCUUGACUCUGGCCAACAUCAAGAUUUGGGUGCUAACUGGAGAUAAGCAAGAGACAGCUGUGAACAUCGGCUACUCCUGUAAGAUGCUGACUGACGACAUGACAGAGGUGUUCAUAGUCACAGGCCACACUGUCCUGGAAGUGCGAGAGGAGCUCAGGAAAGCCCGGAAGAAGAUGGUAGAUUCCUCCCAUGCUGUGGGCAAUGGCUUCACCUACCAGGGGAACCUUUCUUCUUCAAAGCUCACUUCUGUCCUGGAGGCUGUUGCUGGGGAGUACGCCUUGGUCAUCAACGGGCACAGCCUGGCCCAUGCCUUGGAGGCUGAUAUGGAGCUAGAGUUUCUGGAGACAGCAUGCGCCUGCAAAGCUGUCAUCUGCUGCCGGGUAACACCCUUGCAGAAGGCACAAGUGGUGGAACUGGUUAAGAAGUACAAGAAGGCAGUGACACUUGCCAUUGGGGAUGGGGCCAAUGAUGUCAGCAUGAUUAAAACUGCUCACAUUGGUGUGGGUAUCAGUGGGCAGGAAGGGAUCCAGGCUGUCCUGGCUUCCGAUUAUUCCUUUUCACAGUUCAAGUUCCUGCAACGCCUCCUGCUGGUGCACGGGCGCUGGUCCUACCUGCGCAUGUGCAAGUUCCUCUGCUAUUUCUUCUACAAGAACUUUGCGUUCACCAUGGUCCACUUCUGGUUUGGCUUCUUCUGCGGUUUUUCAGCCCAGACCGUUUAUGACCAGUAUUUCAUCACCCUGUAUAACAUCGUGUACACCUCCCUCCCAGUCCUGGCCAUGGGCGUCUUUGACCAGGAUGUUCCAGAGCAGCGAAGCAUGGAGUACCCUAAGCUGUAUGAGCCUGGCCAGCUGAACCUCCUGUUCAACAAGCGAGAGUUCUUCAUCUGCAUCGCCCAGGGCAUCUACACCUCUGUGCUCAUGUUCUUCAUUCCCUAUGGGGUGUUUGCCGAGGCCACCCGGGAUGAUGGCACCCAGCUGGCAGACUACCAGUCCUUCGCAGUCACUGUGGCCACAUCGCUGGUCAUUGUGGUCAGUGUGCAGAUUGGGCUGGAUACAGGCUAUUGGACAGCCAUCAACCACUUCUUCAUCUGGGGCAGCCUCGCAGUUUACUUCGCCAUCCUCUUUGCCAUGCACAGCAAUGGGCUCUUUGACAUGUUUCCAAACCAGUUCCGGUUUGUGGGGAAUGCCCAGAACACCCUGGCCCAGCCCACCGUGUGGCUCACCAUCGUGCUCACCACGGCUGUCUGCAUCAUGCCUGUGGUUGCCUUCCGCUUCCUCAGGCUUAGCCUGAAGCCGGAUCUCUCCGACACGGUCCGCUACACCCAGCUGGUAAGGAAGAAGCAGAAGGCUCAGCACCGCUGCAUGCGGCGAGUGGGCCGCACCGGCUCUCGGCGCUCUGGCUAUGCGUUCUCGCACCAGGAAGGUUUUGGGGAGCUCAUUAUGUCUGGCAAGAACAUGCGGCUCAGCUCCUUGGCCCUCUCCAGCUUCAGCACACGCUCCAGCUCCAGCUGGAUCGAGAGCCUGCGCAGGAAGAAAAGUGACAGUGCCAACAGCCCCAGUGGCGGAGCUGAGAAGCCCCUCAAGGGCUGAAGGCCUGGGCUGAGACCACCUGCGUCGGGGAUCAGAGCUCACAGGGCCAGCGUCUGGAAACUGCUGGUCUUCCAUGCAGCCUGCCGCCUCUGCCUGGUGGACUGCUCUGCCGGUCUCACCAGUUUUUAGAAGUGGAGGAAGUGGGUCUCAGGGGCAGCACUGGUUCAGGCCUUGAAUGGGGCAACAGUGAGGGACAAGAUAUGGAACCAAAAAAACAUGAAAAAAGAACUGUGAGAUUGGGUCCACCCCUGUCCUGCUUGGAGUCCACAGGGAGACUGUAAUCUCCAUAUUUUUUUACUCUAUUCCCCAGAGGGGCCUUGCGCCCUUGUUCCUGAAUUACACAAGAAUGUAUCACGCCGGGAAGCCAGAGACCUGCUGGGGCCUCCGAGCCCCUCAUAUCAUCGUAUGUCCUCUUGGUUUAUGUUUGUGUUGUUUGGUUUUGUCUUUUUUAUUUGGUAAGUGGAGGAGGCCUUCGUGUGACGUUACGUUGUGGUUAGUAUCUUAACUCUCCUGGGAGGAGGGGACUGGCACACACGGGGAUGUCCUCGCUGGUGGAGUGGCCGGGAGGGCCACACCUUACUUUUAGGGUGCCAGUGUCCUGAUGGGACACAGGAGCUACCAGACAGGGAAGAACAAGAGAAUGUUGGAAGAACAGAAAGGAAGCAUAGAGCUGUGGCCUCCCCAGGGCACACAUACGGGUCCUUGGAUCUCCUAAGUCCUGCUAAUGCUGGACUGGAGCCCAGACAGCGGCUCCAUCAUUUUCAGUGAGCUGUAGCUGAGAAUGCAGUCUAGUUCUGAGACCAGAGAUAGGGUUUUCGGAUUCUAAAUUGAGUCCCCAGUUCCUUAGCUACUCACUUCCAACUUCCCUUCCUUCCUACCCCUCCUUAUCCGGUGCUUUUUCUACCUUACCCUGAGGUGAGACUGAAAGGGGAAGAUGACCUCUGCUGCUUUGGCCCAGUAACCUAGGGCUCUGUCCUCUGGCUUAGCCUCCAGCAAGUGUGGUAGGAGGUAGAUAAAACCUGUUCAGACCACUUGCUCGGUCCGGACAGAGCGUCUUUGGACCCUUUCUACAGCCCGCUGUCCGAGUCAGGUACAUAUGGAGGUAGUUUCUGCCUUGUCGCUUCCUGAAGACUCUCUUCCUCUUGUUUGCCAGGAGCAGAGUAAGGGAGGGGGAAUGGUGUGGACUGGAGUGGGGGACACGGGAAUCUAGGUAUUCCAUGCAUUGCCCCAGAGGAGUUGGAGGUGGGCUGCGGGGAAAUGGGUGCCAGGAUGGCAGGAAGGAGGGGGAGGACAAGACUGGGAAAUCCCUUUGGCCACACAGUUUACAAGCCCAGUAUCAUGUCUGUUUGUGUGUCUCUUAAAAGGAAAGUCUGAUUUUUAUACCAAAGAGGAAAUGAUUUUUUUUGUAUUUGGUUUGUCUAUAUUAUAUAAAUACAUAUUAUAUAUAUAUAGCUAUAUAUAUAUUAUUUUUUGUUCUCUCUCAUUUUUUAGGGAGGGAGGAAAGUACCACAUUGCAUUGAGCUGUAAUUAAGGAACAUUCUGUAUAAUUUAUGACAUUUCUAUAAUUGCAAAAAUUAUAUCAUUUUAUGGAUAUAAAAGAAAAAUGCCUUUUUAUAAAAUUCCAAUUUCUGAGUGGUGA